UUCAAGUGUGGGAAAUGUGUUAUCUACUAAGGGACGUUACUCCUCACCAUUACCGGGACCUCGAUAAAGAUACCGUAACAAAAAUGUCAAACACGUCGAAGUUAUCACGUUUUAUAGAAUUUGGGAGGAAAAUUGUCGCCGUUGGGAGAAAUUAUAGUGAGCAUGCAGCAGAGCUUGGUAAUGCUGUUCCCACAAAACCGAUUCUUUUCCUGAAACCAACCUCCUCUUAUAUAACAGCAGGUAAUCCAAUAAAGAUACCAAAAGGCUGUAGUUCACUGCAUCAUGAAGUAGAAUUGGGCAUUGUAAUUGGUCAACGUGGUGUGGACAUUCCAGAAAACAAUGCCAUGGACUAUGUUGGAGGAUAUAUUCUAGCUCUAGAUAUGACAGCGCGAGAUUUUCAAGAUGAAGCCAAAAAGAAGGGCCAACCAUGGUCCCUAGCAAAAGGAUUCGACACGUCAUGUCCUGUUAGUGGUUUCAUUGAGAAAGAAAAAAUUUCAGAUCCAGGAAAUGUACGAUUAUGGUUGAAGGUGAAUGAUGCAGUUAAACAAGAUGGAAAUACAAAAGAUAUGAUUUUCAAUGUUCCGUUUCUAAUUAGUUAUAUCAGUGGCUUUUUUACGUUGGAGCCUGGGGAUAUCAUACUGACAGGCACUCCCUCUGGUGUCAGUCCAGUAGUGGCAGGGGAUGUAAUUUGUGCAGGCUUAGCUGAUGUCACAGAAAUAGAGUUUAAAGUUGAGAAGAAAUGAAAAGUAACAUAAUAAAUAUAUGAGACCUAAUCAAGGCAGAUGAUUCUUAUAGCAAGAAUAGAAGGUUGAUUUAAAUCCAGAUAUUAGUGGAAAAAAAGGAAACGGGUGAUUUAAAGUCACUGAUCGUCAUUUACAUUUUUUCGAACAAUAUCUCAUUUUUCACAGUUUAAUUUGUGCUAAAAUGUACUCAAAUUGAAUAAGAAAACAAAACCAAAAUAUCAAGGGCAGAUUGUUUCCUUGCAUUUUGAAAGAUUUUGUCCAACAGUUAUAGGUUGCUGGCUUGUUUGUUUAUAUCGUCUGCUUAAUGUUGGGAAAUUUUCGAUUCAUAAUACUGAUUGGAAUUGACCUUUUUUUGAAGGAAUUGGAAGGAAUAUUACAUUUAGAGAUUUACCUUUCACAAUACUGUAGUUUGCUAGGGCUUUAAGACAAAUUUUAAAAUCAUUUAUAAACAAGAAGAUGAGCUUGAAUAAAGAUCGGUUGAUUAAAGGACACAAUGAUAAUUUAAUAUUGAUUUACACAUGUGAUAUUAUGUGAUGUGUAAAAAAACAUUGUGGAUUAUGGUGUAUAUGAUAAGACACAUUUGGUUCUAUUUUGAUAAAUGUUUAUAUACAUGUAAAUACAAUGUAAUGAAUCAAAUCCUAAAAGAACCAAUGUGAUGUUUCGGUUUCAUAAAUUAACCAAAACAAAUACCAAAAUAUUCCACAAAAUCAUUAAAUCUUUAUUGGUAUCAAGUGUAACAAAAUUAGGUUUUUAGCGUGAAACCAAAUGCAUUGUUGAUUGUUAUUGUUGAUAUAGUAUAUGCUAUUCUCAGGUUGAUAAUGAAUAAAAAUA